AUGAAAAAAAAGGGGAAAAGCAACGAUGAAAAAAAACAAAUCCUGUACGACAUCAUGCUGGAGAGUGAAUCCUUUUUCAUACUAAAGGAGUUGGAGGCGCUUGCGCCGAAGAAGGGGAUCCGUUCUCUCUUUGUCAAGGACCUACUACAACAGCUAGUAGAUGAUAACAAAGUGAAGUCGGAGAAGGUCGGUUUGCAGAACGUUUACUGGGUGCUCAAAACUGAGGAGUCCUCCACCCUGCAGAAUUCAUAUCAAGAGAUGAAGGAAAAGAAGGAAGAGUAUGAAGAAAACGCCAAAAGGGAGAAGGAGGACUACGAAGAAUUCAUCAACUCUUUAAGCAUUUCGCAGGAACAACUGAAAGACAAACUAGAGAAAGCCCAAACGCUAAUGAACCAUCUCGAUGAUAAAAAGAAGAAGCUGGAAAAUGUGAAGAAGACGGAUAUAAAGCACAUAGAAAUGAUGAAGAUGCAGAAUGAAUGUGCCGUGGAAUCCAUUCAGAGAUGGAACAACAACAUCUCCUUGGUGAAGCAGUGGAUCCAGGACAGAACGAACAAACCCUCAGACACGGUCGAUAGAUUGCUAGGAAUCAAGGAUAUAUUUAAUAACUGGAACUGA